GCGGCGAAGUCGGUCCUCCUGGCGGCGCGCCGCAGUCCUUGGGCAGCCCUGCGGCUUCCAGGGCGUCGCGGCCGCGGCCCCGCAGCGCCGCUCCCAGAGGUGACCAUGGAAACGGGCGGCCUCCCCCUGGAGCUGUGGCGCAUGAUCUUAGCCUACCUGCACCUGCCUGACCUGGGCCGCUGCAGCCUGGUGUGCAGGGCCUGGUAUGAGCUGAUCCUCAGCCUUGACAGUACCCGCUGGCGGCAGCUGUGUCUGGGCUGCACUGAGUGCCGCCACCCCAACUGGCCCAACCAGCCCGAUGUGGAGCCUGAGUCCUGGAGGGAGGCCUUCAAGCAGCACUAUCUUGCCUCCAAGACCUGGACCAAGAAUGCGCUGGACUUGGAAUCCUCCAUCUGCUUCUCUCUGUUCCGCAGGAAGAGGGAGCGCCGCACCUUGAGUGUUGGGCCGGGUCAUGAGUUUGACAGCUUGGGCAGUGCCUUAGCCAUGGCCAGCCUCUAUGAUCGAAUCGUGCUGUUCCCAGGUGUGUACGAGGAGCAAGGUGAAAUCAUCCUGAAGGUGCCAGUGGAGAUUGUGGGCCAAGGGAAGUUGGGCGAGGUGGCCCUGCUUGCCAGCAUUGACCAGCACUGCUCAACCACACGCGUGUGCAACCUUGUCUUCAUGCCGGCCUGGUUCUCACCAAUCAUGUAUAAGACCACAUCAGGUCACAUCCAGUUUGACAACUGCAACUUUGAGAAUGGACACAUCCAGGUCCAUGGCCCGGGUACCUGCCAAGUGAAAUUUUGUACCUUCAAAAACACCCAUGUCUUUUUGCACAAUGUGCCCUUAUGUAUGUUGGAAAACUGUGAGUUUGUGGGCAGCGAAAACAACUCUGUAACUGUUGAGGGUCACCCAUCGGCAGAUAAGAACUGGGCCUACAAGUACCUGCUGGGCCUAAUCAAGUCCUCUCCGAUCUUGCUCCCUACAGAACACCGUGAUUUUUUAAUGUCCUUGGACCUAGAGAGCCGGGACCAGGCCUGGAGCCCAAGGACCUGUGACAUUGUCAUCGAGGGCAGCCAGAGUCCUACCAGCCCAGCCUCGAGCUCUCCAAAGCCAGGCUCUAAGGCUGGCUCCCAAGAGGCAGAAGUGUGCAGCGAUGGGGAGAGGGUGGCCCCCACUCCAGAGAGCAGUGAUGGUGGUCUGAGCCCCAGCGGUGAGGACGAGGACGAUGAGCAGCUCACGUACAGGCUGUCCUACCAGGUGCAGGGCCCGCGCCCUGUCCUGGGCGGCUCCUUCCUGGGCCCUCCACUGCCAGGAGCAUCCAUUCAGCUGCCCAGCUGCCUGGUGCUGAACUCACUGCAUCAGGAGUUGCAGAAGGACAAGGAGGCCAUGGCACUGGCCAGCUCUGUGCAGGGCUGCCUCAUCCGCAAGUGCCUCUUCCGGGAUGGGAAGGGUGGCGUCUUCGUCUGCUCUUACGGCCGAGCCAAGAUGGAAGGGAACAUCUUCCGGAACCUAACUUAUGCAGUGAGGUGUAUCCACAAUAGCAAGAUCGUCAUGCUCAGGAAUGACAUUUACCGCUGCCGGGCGUCAGGCAUCUUUCUUCGAUUGGAGGGUGGAGGCUUGAUCGCUGGCAACAACAUUUACCACAACGCAGAGGCUGGCGUGGACAUUCGGAAGAAAUCCAACCCACUCAUCCUGUGUAACCAGAUCCACCAUGGUCUUCGAUCUGGCAUUGUUGUCCUCGGCAAUGGGAAAGGCGUCAUCAGGAACAACCAAAUCUUUUCCAAUAAGGAGGCUGGCAUUUAUAUCCUGUACCAUGGAAAUCCAAUUGUGAGCGGAAACCACAUCUUCAAGGGGCGCGCAGCUGGCAUCGCAGUGAACGAGAAUGGCAAGGGCCUCAUCACAGAAAAUGUCAUCCGUGAAAAUCAGUGGGGAGGGGUAGACAUCCGCCGCGGCGGCGUCCCUGUCCUCAGGAGCAACCUCAUCUGCUUUGGCUACUCAGACGGCGUUGUCGUGGGUGAUGAAGGCAAAGGACUGAUAGAGGGAAACACCAUCUAUGCUAACAAAGGCUGUGGUGUGUGGAUGAUGUCCUCCAGCCUGCCCCAUGUCACCAGCAACCAUGUGAGCUACAAUGGGCUGUAUGGAGUGGCAGUGUUCAGCCAGAAGGAUGGCUCUGGCGAGUUCCCUGGGGGCCAUGGGGCCCAGGAGAACUUCAGUGAGGACGGAGAUGCCAUCCUCUGGGAGACAGAGCUGGAGAAGGAGGAUGACCCACUGCGCAGGUCCGUCACCAUAGCUCUCGUGGAGUCUAACAGCAUUAAUCACAAUGGAGCGUCAGGACUCUUUGUGCAGAGCAGCGAGGCCCUGCAGGUCAUCACCAAUGUGAUCCAUGCCAACGGGGACAGAGGCAUCACCAUUGUUCAGAGCAGCCAGCUCACGAGGGUGGCCAACAACAGCAUCUCCUGCAACCGGCAGAGUGGUGUCAAGGUUGAAGCCCAGUGCAAGGUGGAGCUCCGGGGCAACGGGAUCUAUGACAAUAGAGGCCACGGCAUCAUCACCAAGGGUGACAGUACUGCCGUGGUGGAAAACGACAUCAUUGGCAACCGGGGCAGCGGACUGCAGCUGCUGCCCAGGUCUGACACUAAGGUACUGAAGAACCGGAUCCACUCCUUCCGUGCCUACGGCAUUGCAGUGCGGGGCCGAGCUAAGGCCCUGGUACAGGAGAACAUCAUCUUCCAGGGCAAGACCAAUAAGACCAUCUUCCAGCAGAUCACUAACAACCGAGAAUGCAUCAUGCAAAACAACAAGUUCCUGGUCUUCAAGAAGAAGUCUGACACUUGGCGCCUGGUGAAUCCACCAGCACGACCUCACCUUGAAAACUCACUCAGGGGCUCCUCUGCAGCCCACGGUGGGCAGAAGGUGACAGCCAUGGCGACCAGGAUCACAGCCCGUGUGGAAGGUGGUUACCACAGCAACCGCAGCAUCUUCUGUACCAUCCUGUAAGCAAGAACACCUGCCUCCGGUCCAGGCCCCCGGUGGGUGCUCAGAACGAGAGGCUACACCUUGGAUGGAGGUUAUGCCUAGGAAGACUCCCAGCUCCAUCCCCGUCCCACACACCACCACUCCUGAAAAGAGGGUCCUAGGCCUCCUGGGGACUAAGAUCAAGGUACCUCUAAAACCCAUUAGCUCCACAGCCUUCAGCAGGAAGAACCGUGGAGUCAUCCCCCCAGGAGAAAAAGGAGUAGCGAUUGGGCAUGUUUCCAGUGGCCCCAGCACUUGGAGGUCUGGAGAGCUGGGCGGGCUCAAACAGCACGUGUAGCUUGUAGGUCAAUUAUCCCGAGCUACAGAGAACCUCGCUCCACACAGACCAAACCUAGCCGCCUCUCAGGGAAGAGAGUACUUUGAUCAAGGGAAGAAACUGAGGUGAGGUGGAGACACUGCCCCUUUCCUGGACCUGCCCCUCGUGGUCCCCCCCGGGGUCUAUACCAACCUCCCAGCUGCUUCUGGGGCGGCAGUGUUUUCACCAGACAGUUCUUAGACUGGCACAUGGCCCUGUGAGCAAGGAUGGGGAUUAGGGGAAGGAGCUCCUCCUGGAAAGCUGCCCCAGGAACGAGAAGGGGACGUGCUAUAGAUAAGGGGACGGGUGGCUGCCUUCAGCUGUGCAGGCAGGUGCUGGGCUGGGCCGAAUGGGGACGAACAAAGCUCCACCGUCCUCACGGAGUCCCCCAAGUUCAGAGCAUUAGCUCAGCGCCUGCCGGGAUUCCGAUCGUGUGGACACACAUUCCAGCUGCCCCUGCGAGCUCCAGCCUGUGUGACGGAGGUGUCCUCCGCGUGUCCAUACCCUCAGAUGACCGGCUGCCUUGACCAGCCCUACCACAUCCCCACUCUGUGCCUUGGCUCGCGCGUCUUCUUCCUGGCAUGUCCCUCCCAGUCAUGCCCGUAUGUGCAGACCCCACCCUUUCUCAAGGGUUAGCUCGGACACUGCCAUCGCCACGUGACCCUCCCCUGCGCCAGGUGAUAGUGUUACCCACCCCACCCUGCUCCCUCUCAGGGCACUGAGCACUUUCUGGGUCCAUACCCUGUCCUGCCCCUUUACCCGUGAACUCUGAAGAUAGUCACCUUUGUGUGUCCUUCAGUCCCAGCCAGAGCCAGCCAGGGUUGAGUCAGUGAUGAGAAGCUCCCGAAGGCCUUCACUAGACUGUACUGUGAAUGUGAAAGCUUUGAGAGCCAGGCAGGCUUGGACCCCACCGUGGAAGGGGCUGCACGCAGGGCCAGCUGCGCCUUGAUGACCCCUUUGCCACUUGGCCUUUACUGCGGGGCCCUCACCAGCCUUUGGGGUCACUGUCCUGCACUGGCCCAGAUCCCACGCUGGUUCUCUGAAGCCCUAGGUGCUGCUGUGUUGGGCGGGUGACUUCUCUCUCCCUAAGCACUCUGGGACAAGAACACUGGUCUUUCCCAUGUGUAGUGCUGUCCAUUGCACUUGUUUGGUGGCCCCGAUGUGAGUCGCUGUAUAAAAUGCUGCCUUUGGUAUUUUGUAAGAAAUGAUUUUUCUGUGAACCAAGUACUUACAAAAAUCUCAAUAACCAAAAUAAAGUUCUAUAUAUUUUAAA